GGCGCUCAGUUCCAGAGACCGGCCUGGUGGGGCCUUCACGCCGUUACACCUCAGCAUCCCCAUAGCUCCGGCAGUCGCCGCUCCGGGGCCGCCGCCGCUUGAGGCGGGAGUUGACCGGCCGCGCCGUCGUCACCCUCGCCGCCUCGGGGUCCCAGCCCCUGGGCCCUCCUGCGGCCGCCAUGAAGCUGCGGGUCCGGCUUCAGAAGCGGACCUGGCCGCUAGAGAUGGCCCAAGCGGAGCCGACGCUGGGGCAGCUACGCGCGCACCUGAGAGAGGCCCUGCUGCCCACCUGGGGGUACAGUUCUGAUACCCGGUUUGCAAUUACGUUGAACAACAAGGAUGCCCUCACUGGAGAUGAAGAGACCUUGGCUUCAUAUGGGAUUGUUUCUGGGGACUUGAUAUGUUUGAUUCUUGAAGAUGCCAUUGCAGCACCUAAUUUACCUUCAUCCACAGAUUCAGAGCAUUCCUCACUCCAGAAUAACGACCAACCCUCUUUGGCCGCCAGCUCCGGUCAGUCCAGCAUACAGGAUGAACAACUGCGUGAUUCAUUCCAAGGACAGGAAGCCCAAUCUGAUGUCUGGAAUGACGGAAGUAUGUCAGGGCCUAGUCAAAAUUUUGAAGCUGAGUCAAUUCCAGAUGUCGUGGAUGUGGAAGAGGGCACAGGUUUCUACCCCUCAGAACCAAUGCUCUGCAGCGAAUCGGUGGAAGGGCAAGUGCCACAUUCAUUAGAGACCCUGUAUCAGUCAGCUGACUGUUCUAACCCCAGUGAUGCCCUGAUAGUAUCCAUACAUCUUCUCAUGUUGGAGUCGGGUUACAUACCUCAGGGGACUGAAGCCAAAGCUGUGUCCAUGCCGGAGAACUGGAGGUCGGGGGGCGUGUAUAAGCUGCAGUACACGCAUCCUCUCUGCGAGGGUGGCUCUGCUGCUCUCACCUGUGUGCCUUUGGGAAACCUCAUCGUCAUAAAUGCUACACUAAAAAUCAACAAUGAGAUUAGAAGUGUGAAAAGACUGCAGCUGCUGCCAGAAUCUUUUAUUUGCAAAGAGGAAUCAGGGGAAAAUGUAGCCAAGAUAUACAAAGAUCUUCAGAAGCUCUCUCGCCUCUUCAAGGACCAGCUGGUGUAUCCUCUUCUGGCUUUUACCCGACAAGCACUGAACCUACCAGAUGUAUUUGGGUUGGUAGUCCUCCCAUUGGAACUGAAACUGCGGAUCUUCCGACUUUUGGAUAUUCGUUCUGUCCUGUCUUUGUCUGCAGUUUGUCGUGACCUCUAUAUUGCUUCGAAUGACCAACUUCUGUGGAGGUGUUUAUAUCUGCGGGAUUUUCGAGAUGGUACUGUCAGAGGUCGAGACACAGAUUGGAAAGAACUGUACAAGAAGAGGCACAAACAAAGAAAAGAAGCUCAGAGAGGGCGGCAUGUGAUGUUCCUGCCAUCGUCACCCCACCCCCUUCCAUUCUACCCCAACCCCUUGCACCCCAGGCCUUUUCCUCCCAGUUCUCUCCUUCCUCCAGGAAUUAUUGGUGGUGAAUAUGAUGAAAGACUAACCCUUCCUUAUGUUGGGGAUCCAAUCAAUUCACUCAUCCCUGGGCCUGGGGAGACACCCAGACAGUUCCCUCCACUCAGACCACGUUUUGACCCAAUCGGCCCCCUUCCAGGACCUAACCCCAUCUUGCCAGGGCGAGGUGGCCCCAAUGACAGAUUUCCCUUAAGACCUAGCAGGGGUCGGCCAACUGACAACCGGCUACCGUUCAUGUGACUGAUUUAUAAUCUCAUGCUGGAGCUUGUUUUGGUUUUGUUUUUUUAAAACUACAGAUGUCAUCUUGUUGGGGUGCUAUCUCUAGUGUUUUUUGAUUGUGGUGGUGAGAAAUGCACUCACAGAAGCCUUUUGGUAGAUAUAUUUAAAGCUCCAGGGGUGGUAUAGCCCAAAGGUUACUGCAUGACAGGGUUGGCCUUGGGAAUAGUUGGUUCCUGACAUCCCCUCUCGACUUACCCUCUAGAAUGAAGGUUAGACAUUGAUAAUGUUCUACACCAGAAUAAAAAAAAAAAAUUAAGUGUGAA